AUGAGCUUGUGGCUGCUUGUGGAAGGUGAAGAAACUAUUAUGGAAGAAGCAAAAUUUGAUUCAAAUGAGAUGAAAGAUGACACCGAUCAUGCGGAUCAAGACCUAUCUCCAUCUACCGUCGAAGAAGUCAAGGUACCUGAGAUUGGAAUGAUAUUUUCCUCUGAAGAAGAAAUUCGUACGUUUUAUAAUUCCUAUGCUACCAGUGUUGGUUUUGCAAAAAAUGCUUUACACCCUCGACCUUCUAGUAAGACAAAUUGCAAAGCUAAGAUUAAUGUAGCUGUUCGAAAUGAUGGGAACUUUGUGAUAACUAGUGUAGACCUUGAACAUAAUCAUCUCUUGAGCCUUGUUGAGGCUGGAGGUUAUGAGAAUUUAUCAUUUGAUGAGAGAAAAUGUAGAAAUUAUAUUUCAGAAGCUAGAAGGUUGAGGUUAGGGGAAGGAGAUGCUGAAGCUUUGAGUAAUUAUUUUUGCCAUGCAAGAUGUAGGGCUGCGUAUGAUUACUUUUGUGAUGUCAUGACUUUUGAUACAACUUAUUUGACUAAUAGUUAUGACAUGCCUUUUGCUCCAUUUGUUGGGGUGAAUCAUCAUGGGCAAUCUAUUUUGUUGGGAUGUGAAUUAAUAUCAAGUGAAGACUCAACAACAUUCACAUGGUUGUUCAACUCGUGGUUGACAUGUAUGCAUGGAUGUGCUCCAAAGGCUAUAAUCACAGACCAAUGUCGUGCAAUGACAAUCGCAAUUGAAGAGGUAUUUCCGAAUUCUCAUCAUCGUCUAUGUCUUUGGCAUAUUAUGAAAAAACUACCAGUGGAGUUAGGUGGUCAUGCUCAAUACAAACUGAUAAAGAAACAAUUGAAGACCAUUGUUUAUAACUCUCUUACAGUUGAUGAAUGUGAUGAGAAUUGGUUAAAAAUGAUUGAGGAUUUUAAGCUGGAGAACAAUGAUUGGUUGAAAUCUUUAUAUGAUGAACGAAAUAUAUGGAUACCUGUGUAUGUUAAAGGUCACUUUUGGGCUAGUAUGUCCACAACUCAAAGAAGUGAAAGUAUGAAUGCAUUUUUUGAUGACUAUGUUCAUUCUAAAACAUCUUUGAAGCAAUUUGUUGAGCAGUAUGAUAGUGCAUUGAAGAAGAAUAUUGAGAAUGAAAAAAAUUUGGAUUUUGUUUCUUUUAAUUCUAUCAUGCCAGUUAUUCUUGGUCAUUCUAUUGAAAGACAAUUCCAAAAUGCCUACACUAAUAAUAUAUUUAAAUUAUUCCAAGAUGAAAUAAGAGGGUUGAUGUUUUGCGAUGCCUCUUUGUUGAGGGAAGAAGGGACAACUUUAAUAUUUGAAGUAGUAGAAAAUAUGUUGGGAAAUAAUGGACAACCUGGAAGAGAAGUUUCCUUUAGGGUACACUAUACCGAGUUACAUUGCCAAUUGAAGUGUGUGUGCCGUCUGUUUGAGUUCCGGGGAAUUUUAUGUAGGCAUGUGAUCAAAGUGUUGAUGACAAUGAAGGUUAUUGAGGUUCCUAUGAGUUAUAUUAUGGACCGAUGGCGCAAAGAUAUUAAGCGUGGGUAUCAAAGCAUCAGUAACAUAUAUGAUGAAUAUGAUUGUAGUGAAAAAAGACUUCGGUAUAAUACUCUCACCCCAUUGAUGCAAGAGGUUCAACAACUUGGAGCCGAAAGUGACGACAUUUGUUCUGUUCUGGUGGAAAUCAUGAAAGACACUAAGGAAAAACUUAUUAUUGCUAUGGAGAACGGGCAAUCAAGGGCUGGACAAUUUGAAGAAGCAUCGACAUCUGGGCCAAAAGUGAUACACUCUCCAUUGAAAGUAAGAACCAAAGGUCGCCCACCCACAAAGAGGAAGCAAUCUAAGGUUGAACAAAUUAUGAAUAAAUCAAUUGCAAAGGGCCAAAAAGAGGUAUGUGAUGCAUAUAAUAGGUACUUAAAGUAA